CGCGCCUGACGGGAAUCGCCGGUGUGAGGGGGAGGUCCGGCCGCUGCUCACCCGGCCCGAGCUGAUCCUCCGGGAUCGGCUUGGCCCACGGAUCCUGCCCCACGAGUUGGGAGGCGCCCGCUGCGGAUGAGCUGAGGAGGUGCCAGGCUGCCCGCGGCGCCAUGGACAGCUUCCUGGAGGAGGAGGACGAGGAGGAUGAGGAGGCCUCAGUGGGGAGGACGAGGAGCCCCGGCCCCCCGGCAGGGAGCGCCUUGCAGCCUCCUCUGCACCUGCCCUUCCUGCCGGCGCUCCCCCACCAGCCGGCAUCUUCCCAUGAACACAAACUGAACUUCAAGAAAAGCAAGGAAGCAUGUCUAAGUUACAUUCAGGAUGCCAUGCUACAAAAGCAGUGGAAAAGGGCUGCAGAGUUUCUGACCUUCUAUGUUGAGUCACUAGAGAAGGACUAUUCCAGAGAACCAGUCGGUCCAUCAGAGAUGAUUUGGAGAAUAGGAACUGAAAUUUUGUACCAUCAUUCCAAUAGCAACAUGAAAGAGUUCAACUGUUUCAUGGAACAGAUGAAAACUUUAGGAGUAAAAAGGUAUUUGAAGGUCUGCUUGGAGCAUGUCUUUCAUCUCCUUUGUAAUGGGCAAAUAGAUGAAGCUUACCAAAACCUGUCCCUGGCAGAAAGCUGGAGGUUUGGAGAACAAACAGCCAUUCAGGAUAAAGAAAUGAAACUGAUUCAGGCUUACAGGGGACUGCUGGACUACUAUAACUGGUCUAAGCAGAAGAACAUCCUUUUAGAGCAUGGUGUGGAUGGAUUUGCAGACUUGUCUGUUGAACAGGAAAUGCACAGUUGCUUUCGGAAGGCAGCAGUGAACUUAAAGGAGAUUAUUAAAAUACCCGGAGUCUGGGAUCUCUUUGUGAAAUGCUAUGUGGACAUGUUGGAAUUCUAUGGAGACCAUAAUGAAGCCUGCCAAGUACUGAAUGAAUAUGCCUACAACUCAAAGUUUCCUGCCAAUCCCAAUGCUCAUGUUUACCUCUACCAGUUCCUGAAGAGACAGGGCGAGUCAAAGAAGUCGCUCAUCUCUGCACUGAAGAUCUUGCAUGAUAUUGUUCCGUCUCAUGAACUUAUGAUAGACUUUAAUACCAUGCUUCAAAAAUCAAAGAAAAGAAAAAAACGUCGACUGGGGCUAGAAGUUAUUUUUGCGGCCUUGGAUUAUGCUGGCUGGAAAGAAAAUGUAAAAGCAUGGAGCUGCUUGGCAAGACAGGUGAAACAAAUUGUAAUCGCUGAGAAGCAUCUUGACUGGAUCAAGCAAGAGUGGAGCUCCAGGAAGGACUGGUGGCCAGCCUUCCAUUUUAGCCGGUACUUGGCAAAAAGGAACUGGCAGGAAAAUAAAAGCCUUUCAUAUGAAAAAGCUCUGGUGGCUGGAAUUUUACUGGGAAAGGAUUGCAAGUACUUUAAACAUGUAUCACACCAAGGCUGCAAAGCUCAGGUGAAAAGGUUCCAGAUGCUGAAGAAAUUCAUGAACAGGCACAAUCCUGUCUACCUGAGAAUAUCUGGUCGUUCUGUUUCCUCUCUACAACCUUGAUUAGAAGGCAUCCUUAAGGUUCUUGUACUUUUUCCUCUCUGUAAAACUGACUUCUGGGUUGGUGCUACUGUGAAACUUCUGGGCAGACCCUAUCGACUCAGUACUAGACUUUUUUACAUACUUCUGUAAAAACUAUUCGGUUUGUAUUUGUUUUAUAAUAAAAUGAAUAUAAAUCAAGGGAUGAGGUUGAAGAAUGUGUUUAAUGUUAGUCCCA